AUGCGGCGCGUGUGCGACGCGCUGCCGGCCGUGCUGGGCUGGGCAGCUGGCGCCGACACACCUGCAGCGGCAGCAGCAGCGCCAGAAGCGAGCAGCCUGGCGCCGUUCGACGCGACGAUCCUCCUCUGGAGCCUCUCGCACUCGCCUGCGCAGCCGACUCAUACUGGCGGCGGCAGGGACGAGGCACCGGGCUCGCGGCGGCGCCUCGCCUGGGGACUGGCGGCGGCGGCGCUGCGGCGGCAGCAGGAGCUGGGGGCGGCGGACGUGGCCACGCUGGCGUGGAGCCUGGCAAAGGCCUUGGGGUCGCCCCAGGCGCCACAGCAGCAUCUGCAUCAGCAGCAGCACCCACAGCAGCAGCAGCAGGAGCAGCAGCAGCAGCAGCAGCAGCAGCAGCAGCAGCGGCGGCGGCCAGAGGCGUCCACGCCCGAAGAGGCUGCAGUGCUGCAGGCCCUGCAAGAGGCCAUCCAGCUGCGCCGCGGCGCCUUUUCCCGGCCCCAGAUACUGCUCCUCGCGCGCGCCGCCCCGCGCCUCGGCCUGUGGCGGCCGCAGCUCUGGACCCAUCUGGCGCACGGCGCCGCCGCCAACGCGGCCUGCUUCGACCCGGGCGACCUCCCGCGGGCCGCGGCCGCGUUCGCUCCCGCCGCGCGGCGGCUCGCGCCGGGCCCGCCGCGGGCCGCGGAGCGAGACGCGCCCAGCGACGCCGAGACGGCCGCGCGGGCACUACGGCAGGUAUACCGCGACCUCGGGCGCGCCGCGCUGUGCCGCCUGCCCGAGCUGCGCCCGGCCGCGGCCGCGGCGCUGGCCGCCGCGUUUGCCGGCGCGGGGCAGCCGCACGACGCUCUCGCGGACGUGCUCGCGGGCGCCGCCGCUGACGGCGUCGCGGCCGGCGGCGCCCAAGGCUGGGGUGAGCUGGGGACCGGGCGGCUGCGCGCGUUCGCAGGGGACGUGGCGGCGAUGGGCGCGAGCGCGGCGGCGCGAGAGCGGCUGGCGAGCGUGGUCGGCGUUGUGUGA